AUGCGAUUAUUUGUUUCUUUAGGUAAAGAAUCGAUUAUAUCGGCGGUAAGUAAGGUUGGUGAUUGGGAAAUCGGUGAUCGAUGUCAGAUAGAAAAACGUAUUGGAUCGAUUGUGUACAUUGGUCCUACAAAUUUUGCUCCAGGUGAAUGGAUUGGCUUAGUGCUUGAUAAACCGCUCGGUAAAAACGAUGGUUCAGUGGAUGGACAGCGGUAUUUUACUUGUGCUCCGAAUCAUGGCCUCUUUUGUAAGGCAAGUAAAUUGGAAAGAAUACAGUCAAGUGUAUCUGAAAUAAUACCUGAAAACCCAUAUACUAAAGAAUUCGGAUUCGAUGUUGGCGACAGAGUAGUUGUAUCUGGUGGAAAAAUAGGUACCAUUCGUUAUUUAGGCAAUACGGAUUUUCAAGAUGGUAUUUGGGCUGGCAUAGAGCUGGAUCAACCAGUUGGUAAGAAUGAUGGCAGCGUUCAGAUUCGACAUACCAAGACAUCAGCACUAAGGCAACGUUCUGGGAGCCAUGAAUCGCUAGCGUCUAUCGGGGCUUCAUCCAUUGCUUCAUCUAGAAUCUCAAAAUUUAGCUUUGCUCCUCAAAGAAAUAUACAACGGCCAAUCGUAUUAUCUUCUGCUCGUGGUCUGGAUGAACUUGUCACUACACUACAAGAUUCCUUAAAAGAAAAAGAAAAACAUCUGGAGCAAAUGAUAAAAGAACGAGAUCUCGAACGUAAUGAAAUGGCUCGGCUUUCAAAUCACUGCGAAGAAGUUGAAGCGAAGCUUGCUCUAUUUGAAGGUCAAAUGACUGGUAGUACACAUUCAGCCAUUCUAGAAGAUAAACUAAUCAACUUAAAAUCUAGAAAUGCAACAGUAGAAGCGGAAAACCAAGACCUUAUGUUAGAGGUCAAGGAGAAAACAGAAAAAAUUGAUGAACUCACUUUCCUUUUGGAAGAAAAAGAAAUCAUGUGUGCAGAAAUAUCUGAGAAACUAGCAGAAGUGAAUAAAACUGAUGUUGAAAAAAAAUCGAAGGUUAGACUGAAAAUUAUUUUGACAUUAAAAAAUAGCCAGAGAAUUAUCUCAUCAGUUAAACCUGAAAUUUUUUUUUCUGUUAAUCUUAAUGCUUGCCAUUUCCUUUUCUUUUUAUCUGUGGACUUUUAUUGA